UGUGAAGUGAAGCAAUUUGCCUCUCGAGGACCUUUUUCACUGUAUACUCAUCUCAAUCGAUCUCUACAAUCACAUAGUAAAUAUAUGUCGCCAUUAUUGCACUCAAUUCAAUACCAUUCAGGAUGGAAAGGAAAGUCAGCAGAAGGACUGGGUCUUACCCGAUUCAAGACACAGACUUCUUUCCACAUGUAGAUUCACGAGCGCAACAGACCAUCGCGGAUGAUAACAAAAGUCUCCGGCUACCAAGAACACUUCGCGCAUUGAAUAAUUCACGCAAUAUCACAAACCAUCCUCGAACGCUAGUCAUCUGUCUCGACGGGACCGGCGACCAAUUCGAUAAUGACAACAGCAACAUCGUCAACUUUGUCUCUUGUCUGAAAAAGCACUCGCCCUCUGAGCAGGUUACAUACUACCAGUCGGGUAUUGGUACAUAUGACAAAGGCGGGUUGAAGAAUGGCAUUGGCGCGGCUAUGGACAUGGCCGUAGGAAGCGGGUUGGGUAUUCAUAUAAAAGAUGCGUACAAUUUUUUGAUGCAAAACUAUCGCGACGGCGACAAGAUUUGUCUAUUCGGCUUCUCAAGGGGCGCCUACACGGUACGAUGCCUCGCUGGAAUGCUACACAAAGUUGGCUUGCUACCUGCCAGCAACGUGUCCCAACUCAAUUUCGCCUACAACUUCUACAAGAAUGACACAGAAGAUGGUAGAGAGCUUGCGGCUGGCUUCAAGCGGACAUUUUGCACACAUGUUGAAGUUUACUUCGUCGGCAUUUGGGACUGCGUUGCCAGCGUCGGCUUCAUUCCCCGCCGAUUGCCAUUUAGCAAGUCACCGACCAACUCGAUUCGUCAUUUCCGACAUGCAAUGGCUCUCGAUGAACAUCGUGCCAAGUUCAAAGUUUGUCAGUGGCAGCAAGAAAAUCCCGGGGAGCACAAUCCGAAACGGCGAGGGACGGUUGAUUUCACACCUACAGGUCGUCUCCGGCGUCGUUUCGGUGUGCAGAAAACCCCCAACAUGGCAACGAACCCCCAAGCAAUCAACGGCAAGUCCAAUGGCUAUACUAACGGUCACAUCAAUGGCAGCGAGAAAAGACCCACAACCCAACACAGCAGCGACAGCCAGGAUAGUCUCGAACGUAAGUUCGUUGCCCAGGACAAAGCACGACAUCGCAAUCGAUUCUUUGAAACUGACGUUCUCGAAUGUUGGUUCAUGGGCUGUCAUGCCGAUGUGGGAGGCGGAGCCGUCGCCAACGAAAAUCGACACAAGCUGUCGCAUAUCCCUCUACGCUGGAUGAUGCGCCAGUGCUUUGAGUGUGACACUGGUAUUCUGUUUAAUACUUCACGCCUGGCUGAACAUGGUCUCGAUGUACAGACGCUGUGGCCGGUAUACCAGAAGCCAACCAGACCAAUCGCCGGGCCUGCCCCGAGCGUAAUGGCGAAAUACGAAACAAAUAGCUUGGAGCCUCUAUAUCGACGCGCCGCGUUUCUGCCUAUCGGACCAGAAGAGGACCAGAUCAAGGACCAGCCGUCGUUAGAACGCCUUGGCUAUGUCCUCCUAUCGGAAGCAAACGAGGAUUAUUUUGAUGCCUUGGAAAAAUGCAAUGAUAUGCUUAGGAUUGCUAAGGUGUGGUGGAUUCUCGAGGUCUGGCCUAUCAAGUUGCGGAUUCUCAACAAAAGCGGCGAUGGCUGGGAGAAACGCGUACGAUUAAAUUUGGGAAGACAUCGCGGUAUUAGAGAUGACUCGCCGAGCAUGCAUUGGACUGUACAGCACGCUAUCGAUGAAGGAAGAUAUACACUCAAGACCAGAUGCGAGAAGGGUGUUUGCUGGACAGAGAUCAUUUAAAGUUUUACGGACUGAAUUUUUUUGCAUAUCGCUCGUUUAAACGCACUGCAAUGUUGCAUCUAUUGUUCUAUUUCAUACAACCCUUUCGAAGCGUUCAACGUAUGGCCAGUUAUGCAGUGUUAUAAUGUUUACUCAAUAUUUGUCAUCAUCACCAUUGGUUUUCGCUAUGCCCGAGACCUUUUUGGGGGAUCUGACAGCAAUUGAAUCAGCUUCUGUAGAUUUCACGUGUCGGGCGGGAAUCAACCAAAUGUAUGGAGAGGUUUUCGGCAAGUUCUUUGAGAAAUUUUGCAGUUUGUCGGAAAACUAAAUUGCAGAAUGCGCCCUUGUUUGGAUAUUUUGUUCUUGAACAUUCUUUGAAGCAAUUGUG